CAGGAAGGGCGGCGCGCGGGGUCGCUUCCUGGAUGCGGAACAAAGCGGAAGCGGUAACCGGCCUGCGCGCGACCCUCCUCUUAGCACAGGAGGGGGUUCCUCUGGGGUCGGCGGGGGCGCGCUUCUUUCCUGGCGCCGCGGUGGCCCGCGAGGAGGCGGUGGCGGUGGCUGAGGCUGGAGGCGGCUCCGAGGGCCGCUUUGGGCUGCGGUGGGAGGCUCGGCCGGGGCGGAGAGGAGCACCUUCCGGCUGCUGGGAGGCCGAGGGGGAGACCAGAUGAGGAGGAGGAAGAGGAGGAGGCUGCCGUCGCCGCCGGGUCUGUCCCCUGCCCGGUUACUCCAGGCAGAUGCAUCACAGGAUGAAUGAAAUGAAUUUGAGCCCUGUAGGGAUGGAGCAACUGGCAGCCUCCUCUGCGAGCAGCGCCCUGACUGUUUCGGGAAGCCACCUGGGUCUGGCUUCCUCCCCAACACACAAUGCCAUAUCAACACCAGGAUUGCCAGUUGCAAUUCCAAAUCUGGGGCCCUCUUUGCCCUCUGCAUUGUCUUUGAUGCUUCCAAUGGGCAUUGGGGAUCGAGGAGUGAUGUGUGGUAUACCUGAGAGAAAUUAUACCCUACCUCCACCGCCUUACCCUCAUCUUGAAAGCAGCUACUUCAGACACAUUCUACCUGGUCUUUUAUCUUACUUGGCUGACAGACCUCCACCUCAGUAUAUCCACCCCAACAGUAUAAAUGUUGACAGCAAUCCAGCUUUAUCCGUCUCCAGCAACCCCUCUGGCCUGGAUCCCUACCAACCCAAUGGAACUGUAGGCCUUGAACCAGGCAUUGUCCCCAUGGAUUCCCGUUCAGUGAACACACACAACACUCAGAGCUUGCAUCCCAGCGACAGCCAUGAGGUAGCUCUGGAUACAACCAUCACCAUGGAAAGUGUCUCAAGGGUUACCAGUCCCAUCUCUACUGACAGCUUGGCCGAGGAACUUACAAUGGGCGAUGUGGCUGGAGAUCAUUCACAGAUUGCAGCUGUCAACCAGAAUCAUGAGCCCUUAGCUGUGGAUGCUGUUGGCAGCAGCCUGGCUGCGGAUACCGUGGGGCAUAACGGUGUCAUCCCCCUUCAUGAUCGCGGUUUGGAACUUCCUGUCGUCAUGGAGCCUGAUCAUAUUACAGGCCGUGUCAGUGGGAUGUCUGAUAGAACGCUCAGUGACUCUAUUCACACAGUUGCCAUGAGCAGCAAUUCUGUGAGUGUUGCGCUCUCUACCUCACACAACCUCACAUCCCUGGAAUCUGUCUCUUUACAUGAAGUGGGCCUGAGUUUGGAACCUGUUACAGUAUCCUCCAUAAGCCAGGAAGUAGCCAUGGGACAAGACCAUGUGGAUGUCUUUCCUGACAAUCUCGCCUUUGUACCAUCAUCCCUGAAGAUAGAAGACUCAAAUUCAAACAAAGAAAACAUGGCUACCUUGUUUACCAUAUGGUGCACACUGUGUGACAAGGCAUACCCAUCAGAUUGCCCAGAUCACGGGCCUGUGACCUUUGUUUCAGACACCCCAGUGCAGAGCCGAGCCAGGCUUUCUGUCCCGAAGCAGCUUGUUAUCCGGCAGUCUAUCAUGGGAGCUGAAGCUGGUGUGUGGGCUCAAGAAACCAUUCUUGUGCGGACCUGCUUUGGACCACUCAUUGGGCAACAGAGUCACUCCAUGGAGGUGGCUGAUUGGAUAGACAAAGCAGCAAAUCACAUUUGGAAGAUAUAUCUCAACAAUGUUCUGGAGUUCUGCAUCAUCACAACUGAUGAGAAUGAAUGUAACUGGAUGAUGUUUGUGCGGAAAGCCAGGAACCGGGAAGAACAGAAUUUGGUGGCUUACCCUGAUGAUGGAAAAAUUUACUUCUGCACCUCGCGUGAUAUCCCUCCAGAGCAUGAGCUUCUGUUUUACUACAGUCGAGAUUAUGCCCGACAGAUUGGUGUUCCUGAGCACCCUGAUGUGCACAUUUGCCACUGUGGAAAAGAAUGUGUUUCCUACAGUGAGUUCAAGGCUCACCUGACCAGUCAUAUCCCCAGCCACCUCACCAGCCCAGGUCAUCCCAGUAGCCAGGGAUCAGGCCACAGCAAGGAAAGGAAGUGGAAAUGCUCCAUGUGUCCUCAAGCUUUCAUCUCUCCUUCUAAGCUUCAUGUCCACUUCAUGGGGCACAUGGGCAUGAAGCCACAUAAGUGCGAUUUCUGUAGCAAAGCCUUCAGUGACCCCAGUAAUCUCCGAACUCACCUUAAAAUACAUACAGGUCAAAAGAAUUAUCGCUGUGGUCUUUGUGAAAAGUCGUUUACGCAGAAGGCCCAUCUAGAGUCACACAUGGUUAUUCACACUGGGGAGAAAAAUCUGAAGUGUGAUUACUGUGGUAAACUGUUCAUGCGACGGCAGGAUCUCAAGCAGCAUGUCCUCACCCAUACACAAGGACGUCAGUUCAAGUGUCACCAGUGCGAAAAACUGUUCCUGAGGACGAACCACCUGAAGAAACACUUAAUCUCUCAUGAAGGGAAGCGGGACUAUGUCUGUGAAAAAUGUUCCAAGGCUUAUUUGACAAAAUAUCAUCUAACUCGCCACCUAAAAAUCUGCAAAGGACCCACCUCCAGUCUCUCAGCCCAGGAAGAGGAAGAUUCAGAGGAGGAGUUGUUGAAUAACUCUGUGAGGAGUGAGAACUGUAGGCUCAACAGCAGUGUGUUUGUGACAAAUGAUGCACUCCCUUGCCACAAGUAAGAAACGGCGGCCAUCUCAAAAUGUAAAUUGGGGACUGUUACCUCACCCUGAAAUCAUGUUUAUAUUAAAUGAACACUUCUGUAAUGAACAUUUUGAUGACUGAACAGCCACUGACUCUUCUUAAUGGAAACAAAUUAUGCACUUUUCAAGGAGACGUUUCCUGUAGGUUUAAGCCAAUGAGAUCAGAGUAACUGCCUACCGUUAUCAUUUAAACUUGUGCUUGUGUCAACUUGGUUGAUGUGUCAUGCAUGACUUUUAAGAAUGACAGGCAGGUGCAAGUCAGAUCUAAUCAGACAACUGUUUGGGAUGAUGAGUUUGUCAGCUUUUUUUUUACAAUUAGAACUUUGGUUUGUGUUUUCUAAAGCCCCAUAAUCAAAACAGUCACAUGGUCCAGUGUUCCUGUAGUAUGUUUUACUUUAAGAUAUACCCUGCUAAAAUCAGUGUUCACUGUCUAUGCGUUAGGUGUACCCACACGUUCGACAACUGAUCUUUUUCAGAGUACUUGAAUGGGCAGAUUCAGGAUGGGAUACUCUCAUAAAAGCGUAUGGCUAAAAUCUGCCUUGAAAAAUGGUUACAGAAUAGGUGGUUUUUAUACUACAUUCAGUUAACCAAUCAGCAGGGAGAGGAGGCAGUUUGCUGCUAACAGAUUUAUGGAACAAUGAUCUCAUUUUAUGUUGCUCAUUAGGAGAAAAUUAAACACUGCUCUUUGCAAUAUA